UCCCAUACUCAAAUUUAAUAAACUAUCUACUUAAAAACUUAAGAGAUGUAGCCCUAACAAAAUAAGAACGUUUAAUAAAUGGAAAGUAAAUAAUUAUAUCCCUAAAAGGUUGAGAAUUUGCUACUGAAAUUAGAAAGUAAUAUAUGUUCGUGUGGCCUAAUCGAUAAGGCGCUCUCCUCCGGAGCGGGAGAUUGUUGGUUCGAGUCCCCACCGUGAACGAGUUUUUUAUUUUAUCGACCAAUUUGUUUAUAUGAUAAUAUAUUAUGCUAAUUACAUUGCUCCAUCUAUUUUAUAUGGUAAUAUAUUAUGCUAAUUACAUUGCUCCGUCUAAAUAGAUGGAAUAUUUUGGCCCAUUAUCAUGUACAUGCCAUCAUAUCAUAUUUAGCUACCAUAAAUCUUCUUCUUAAUUUGUAUAUAAUUUCUUUUGAAGCCUAUAUCCUCUCUCAUCCAUUGUAAGGUAAACACUAAACACUAAAGCAGCAAAAUCUGGCCAAGGAAUGGAUCCCCGGAAAGCCCUUCUUCUCGCCCUUGCCGUCUUCUUCAUCGCCGGUGCUCAAACCACCAGGGUGGCCUUUAGAAACAACUGCCCUUUCACGGUCUGGCCGGGGACACUCACCGGCGGCGGUGUACCUCAGCUACCGAUCACCGGCUUCGAGCUACCAUCCAAGUCGUCUUCGAGCAUCCAUGUCCCCGCAAAUUGGACCAGCGGCCGGUUCUGGGCCCGAACGGGCUGCUCAACGGACUCCACCGGGAAAUUCUCCUGCCUCACCGGUGACUGCGCCUCCGGCAAGAUCCAAUGCGCCGGCGCGGGGGCAAUCCCGCCGGUGACCCUCAUGGAGUUCACCCUCGGCGCCUCCAGCGGGCUGGACUUUUUCGACAUCAGCCUCGUCGACGGGUUCAACCUGCCGGUGUCGAUCCUACAGUGGGGCGGCGGUGCAGGGGUGUGCCGGACGCCGAGCUGUCCCGGCGACGUGAACGGCGUAUGUCCACCGGAGAUGGCCGUGAAGGGUCCCGAUGGACGUGUGAUCGCGUGUAAGAGCGCCUGUCUGGCUUUGAACAAGCCGGAGUAUUGUUGCACCGGACAGUAUGGCUCGCCGGCGACGUGCCCGCCGACGCACUACUCGAAGAUUUUUAAGGGGAAGUGUACCCAGGCUUAUUCUUAUGCCUAUGAUGACGCCUCCGGCACGUUUACUUGUCCCACCGGGAGGAAUUACUUAAUCACGUUUUGCCCUUGAUUACGUGAGACGUCAAUUAGUAUGUACAUUGGCCUGUCUAGGUCAAGGAUUAAAUUGUUUGAUUCCUCCGUGCGUAAUAAAAAUGGUUGAUGAUAUAAAUGUGAUUGUAUUGUGAUUAAGUAAUGAAAACAUCAUUUAAUGAAUGAAAUUGGGUUAAAAAAAUAGAUUGUCUUAUGAUUAAAUCAAUUUCAUUAAGGCUAAGGUGAACCAAUGUAGGUACUAAUGUACAUCUCAAAAGAGAGAUAGAAACUAUCGACACUAAAAUCAGUGGCGGAAU